AUGACUUCUUCUUCCAACCCCGACCAGCGCCUGGAGCAUCUCCUCAGCGCCGUGGAGAGCGAGUUCCAGAAGGGCAGCGAGAAGGGAGACGCAUCCGAGAGGGAUAUAAAACUGACUCUGGAGGACGCGGAUUUAUGGAACAAGUUCAAAGAGCUGACCAACGAGAUGAUUGUCACCAAAACUGGAAGGAGGAUGUUUCCAGUGCUCAGGGCCAGUGUGACGGGCCUGGACCCAAACGCCAUGUAUUCAGUGUUGCUGGAUUUCGUGGCCGCAGACAAUAACCGGUGGAAAUACGUGAACGGCGAGUGGGUUCCCGGCGGCAAACCGGAGCCCCAGAGCCCCAGCUGCGUUUACAUCCACCCGGACUCCCCCAACUUCGGAGCGCACUGGAUGAAAGCCCCGGUUUCCUUCAGCAAAGUCAAACUCUCCAAUAAACUGAACGGAGGCGGACAGAUUAUGCUGAAUUCUCUGCACAAAUACGAGCCCAGGAUACACAUCGUUAAAGUUGGAGGUAUUCAGAAGAUGAUCAGCAGCCAGUCUUUCCCUGAAACACAGUUCAUUGCUGUCACUGCUUACCAGAAUGAAGAGAUUACUGCUCUGAAGAUCAAGCACAAUCCAUUUGCCAAAGCCUUCUUAGAUGCCAAAGAAAGGAGUGACCAUAAAGAAGUUCCAGAUCACAGCGCAGACAAUCAACAAUCCGGCUACUCUCAACUUGGUGGUUGGUUCCUCCCAGGCCAGACUCCCAUCUGCCCCAGCAGCAGCCCUCCACAGUUCAGCGGCACGGCGGGCCACUCCUCUGGAUCAUACUGCGAGCGCUACUCCAGCCUGAGGAGCCACAGGGCGGCCCCUUACCCGAGCCACUACCCCCACCGCACCUCCACCACGAACAACUACAUGGACAACACUUCAGGAACUCUGCCCACUCAUGACAGCUGGUCCGCUCUUCAGAUCCCCAACUCGACAGGCAUGGGUACCCUGUCCCACACCACCAACUCCACCACCAACUCCAGUCAGUACCCCAGCCUAUGGUCAGUAGCGGGGACCACCCUCACCCCUUCAGGCUCCGCCUCCGGCUCCAUCCCAGGCGGUCUGACCUCCCAGUUCCUGAGGGGCUCCUCCUACACCGGCCUGACCUCGUCGCUGCCCGUCUCCUCGCCCUCCUCCAUGUACGACCCCAGCCUGAGCGAGGUCGGUGUCGGCGAGGCCCAGUUCGAGAGCUCCAUCGCCCGGCUCGCUGCGUCCUGGGCUCCUGUCGCUCAGAGCUACUGA